CCCAGCGCGCCUCAGCAAGCUGAGCGAACUGGGCUUCGCUGCGGUCCACGUCCCCGCGCGGGGCUGAAUCGCUGAAGUGGCUGCGCUGCGGUGCGAGGGCCACGGGCCUGCCGCGCCCGGGUGUGUCUAAUACCACAGAGGAGCAGCUGCCUCUGUCCCGCAUGCGCCUCAGCGAAUGCCAUGGCCGGGGAUUGCCCCGCCAAGCCGCCCUCACCUGCAAAGCCAGACUUAAUAUGGCAAGUACGGGAUGCCAAGCCCACAGCUGCCCAAGGAGGACAUCAGCCCUGCCUCCUAGUCCGCACUGAGCAGCCGCCUCUUGUCCCUGGGCCGAGCAGAAGGCCACUGUUGAGAGUCUGAAGGGCUGGCCGCCUGAGGCUCCGAGCCCAGCACCCCAGCUCUCACCCCACCAGCAAGAUGUGGACAGCCCUGGUGCUGGUUUGGAUUUCCUCCGUGCCCUUAUCUAGAAGCCAUACGGUGUCUGAUGAGCCACGAUACUUAGUCACUACCAAGAUGUGGUCUAAAGCAGUAAAACAAAGCAUGCCUAGGGACACAGUUCCAAAGGCUGAAAAUGUAACUACUGAGGGAAAGGCCACAGUGCUGCCUGCUCCCAUCACAGCCACCACAGAGACCCGGGCAGCCGUCCUGAACACCAUCACAGCGACAGCCAGGGUGACAACGCACUGGACAAACAUGGGCACCCCACCAGCCAGAGAGGGUACGACAGAGAGUGUGACCUCCAGGACUCCUGCACCACCUACACCAUCAGGCCCCUCAUCUGGGGGGCAGGCUCUACCCAUCACCACCGCUGGGCUUCCCUCUCUCAGCACACCACAUGCAGAAGUGCCAAGAACAAAUGCCAGCGCAUCACCAGGAACAGCCACAGUGGCAGCCGUGGCCCCACACACCGCGACUGUUGCUGCAGGCACCAUGAACACUAGUGGGCCUCCCACAAGGACGCCGAGUCCUGCCAAAAGCACACCCACUAACACAUCCACCACGAGCCCUAUACCCACCCCAGGUGUCCAGACGCAAGAUACCACUGUCCAGGUGACAACAAAACAGCCAGUGAAUAGCACAGUGGGUAGAUUAACACCGACUCCCUCAAACACCACCCUGGCGCCCACCACCACCACCCACUCUGUGGCUUCAGUGUCCCCUAUGGUACUGACCACCACCCAGGUAAAAACCAAGGAGCCAACUGCCAGCACAGUGCCAAUGCCUCCUACCAGCCCCAGCCCUGGAAUGGAAGCCACAUCCCCCACCACACAGCCAAACCCUGCAUUACCUAGCCAGGGGACAGGCAGGACAGGCGAGCCAGGCACGCCCCUGACAACAGAACAGGUGGGGACCAAAGCCACAGCCGGCACUGCCUCCACUGGGCCAACACCCAGAAGCUCAGGGGACCUGAAGGUGCCAACCACAGACUCGUGCCAGCUCAGCACCCAAGGCCAGUACCUAGUAGUCACCACUGAGCCCCUAACCUCCUCCUUGGUGAACAAAGUAUUACUUCUGGUGGUGCUCGUCCUCGGGGUGGCCCUCUUCAUCGCGGUCCUGGUGAUGUUUGCCCUGCAAGCCUACGAGAGCCACAAGCAGAAGGACUACACACAGGUGGACUACCUGAUCAACGGCAUGUACGCCGACUCGGAGAUGUGAGGGCCCCCAGGAGGCCAGCCUCUCCCACGGCCUUUGUUCUCGCCCCAGACCAAACCAAGUGCUUCCAGAUCUUCUCGGUGCAAUCCCAGAGCUGUGCCACAUGCUUAAAGACAUUUAACUGCUGUCAGAUCAACCCCAUGAUCACAAGAGAGCUGCCUUUUCAUAUUUAUUUUUUUAAAUGAUGACAUAAGCAGGCGUGGCCAGGGCCGAGGGGGCCUGACCUGCUCGGCUCUUGGUGUGGGAAAUCUUGGCCAGAAUUAAAAGCAAUUGACUGCUCUCCA